AUGGCGCCGUCAACGAAGCGUCGUACCCGGCGCAAAGACGUUGGAUUGCAGGAAACUCCAGAAACAGAUCUGUUGGAUUCCUCGCCCACUUGUCGAACUGCGAAGAAACGCAAGAUUGACCAUCCCCGCUCGCUGUCGCUGCCGCUAGAGAAGACUCCAGAACCCGUUUCUGCUGAUGAAUCGGACGACUCCAGCACCGGAAAUGAUAUUGCAACCAACAAGGACCUGGUGGAUUCCGUGAUAGCUUGUCUUGAUGUCUCGGAUGACCCGGUGGCUGUCAUGGACGAGUACUCGAAUAUCAAGAAUGAACGCGAGAACCCAGAAAGUGUGAAGGCCUACGCUAAGAUCGCAGGCCGUGACUGGACUUACUACAUGAAAGGUCUACAUAUCAACAUCGGGCGUCCUCCGGACCGGGAUCAAAGGAUAUAUGCUCAGUCGAGCCCCCUCGUCGCUGCCGCCCAGGCGAUGCCGGAGGUGCAUAUCGAUUUGGGUCCGAACAAAUUUGUCUCGAGAUUACAUGCAGAGAUUCUGUUCAACAGCCAGGAGCCUACUGGUUGGCAUAUUCGCGUCAAUGGACGCAAUGGGAUUCGAUUGAACACCCAAAUAGUAAAGCGAGGAACCAUCUCACGGAUUACGUGCGGUGAUGUCAUCGAGAUCGCAGGCACACAGAUGAUGUUCGUAACCCCGGACGUACGUGCCGUUAUCCAUCCCUUCUUCGUGGAUAAAUGCCAGCGCUUGGCUGCGGGGGAUGAUGCUGCCAGCUGGGACGAGUCUCAACAUGCGCACCCAGACCAGGUCCGCAGCAAGGCCAGCCGGACGGCCGCCUAUUUCGACCAAGAUCAUCGCCACAAUCCAGGCACUGGAAAUGGCACAGAGCCCACUCCAGCAACGAAGGCGGCUUCGUCUUACCACAAGGAUCGGCAAAUUACACCACCACCUCGUCCCCGAUCGCCAAACACAGCUGAUGCCCCCCCUCCCAAACCAUCCCCGCUCUACAAUCGCGGCAUGAUGAUGGAGAGCACAGAAGAUAUUGAUUAUAGCAACGAUUCGGCGAAGGAUCUAAAGCCGCCAUAUAGCUAUGCUACGAUGAUCGCACAAGCCAUUUUCUCGACAGAAGAGGAAAAUAUGCAUUUUAUCGGCAUACAAACUCGGGAUGGCAGCAAUUUGCAGAACUCUAUCCGCCAUAACCUUUCUUUGAAUAAGGCAUUUCAAAAAGUCCCCCGCCGCACUGACGAGCCUGGCAAGGGCAUGAAAUGGCAAAUUGCCCCCGAAUUCCGACAAGAAUACUGGAACAAACAAACCCGGAGGAGUAAUAACCAACAGUCAUCAGCACCCUCCUCACCUGUCGGCAAGGAAAGCAAAGGCGGCUCCCGUUCUGCGAAUGGCCAAACAGGCUACGAUAAAAGUUUCGAAAGCUCGUUCCCCACAAGCAACCCAUCGCCACAGAUGACGUCGCCCGGAUUUAACUCAUUCUCCGUUGCCCCCGUUGAAGCUUAUACCCCGGAGCGCAAGACUCGUAGCGACCGUGACGCCAACGGCCGUAGCAACGCAGACUAUGGCGACCAACAGUCCCCCUUACCCAAUCAUCCACGUAGCAACAAUCCCAAUCGCGCAUACGGCCUCUCAGAUCACAUCAGCGGCUCGCCGCCUGUAUUAUCAUCAUCCUUCUUCGACGAUGCAACGUCGAUGAUCACGCCUGCUCCGCGCCGCCACCAGCCCCUCCUCGCCCCGCCCAGCACGGGCGCAAAUCCCUUCUGGAAGUUCGCGGAGCUCGGCAAUACCCCCGUCCGCGUGUCGGAUAUGAGCCCGUUGCAUGGUGGUGGCUACGGCCAAGGUCGAGCUGGCGGUGGCAUGGGGGGAGGUGCUGGAGGGGGAAGAUCAGGCAGGGGAUCUGCAGAUGGACUGAAUGCUAUCCCUAGCAGUAGUCCGCCGCCGCCGAAUCUGGGCAGCCCGAGUAAACCGGGUAGUGGGCCCGGGUUAGGGGGUCGGCCACUUGGUUCGAGACUUGCGGAUAGUAAGUCGAAUGGUGUCGAUGGGCGGCUGCCUCGAGCGGCUAAUAGUCGCCGUCAUUCUGGCGGUGAUAACCGUGAUGAGGAUGAUGACGACGAUGAGGAUGAAAUUGGGGAGUUUGACCUUGCUCGGUAG